AUGAUAGUAGCUUCAUGGAAUUGUAGAGGGGCAGGGAAUCGUUGCUUUCCCCGCACCGUCAAAGACAUUGUUUAUAAGUUGCAAAUUGACGUCCUUUGCCUAAUGGAAACUCGAAUUAGUGGCACUAGAGCUGAUGGGGUAAUUAGAAAACUCGGGUUCAGUAAUUGGAUUAGAUUAGAAGCCUCAGGAUUUGCUAGAGGCAUUUGGGUCCUAUGGAACGAAGACUCAAUGCAUGUGGAUUAUAUUUGUUCCUCCACUCAAAUCAUUCACUGCAAGAUAGUCGAUGUGAAGCAUAAUGAAUCUUUCUUUGCUACCUUUGUUUAUGGCGAAACCUCCCCCCAGAAAAGAAUACCACUUUGGCUCUCUCUUAAGGCAAUAGCGGAAGCUACAGAGGAGGCGUGGCUGGUAAUUGGUGAUUUCAACACCUUCCUUGACACAACUGACAAGAUGGGAGGAUCCCUUGCGAACCAUGGAGCUAUGGAAAAUUUUGCGGAUUGUAUUAGAGAAGUUGAAUUGUUUGCUUUGCCAAUAGAAGGGGAAAAAUUCACGAUCAUUGUUGUUAACGACGGGCAAAGAACACCUCAAGGGAAGUAUUCAAAAAGACUAUUUAGGUACCAGUCAGCUUGGUCCUUGGAAGAAAGCUUUAAGGAGGUGGUCUAUUCUUCAUGGGAUAACGUGGAAUGGUGUGAGGGGGCAAGGAAGUUUGAAAAGGCAGCUCUGAGUUGGAAUGACACUGUUGUUGGUAACAUCAUGAAGAAGAAGAAACAGGUGAUUCAUCGUCUGGAAGGAAUUGACAGAGUUAGACAGAAUAAUGUAAAUGGUUGCAAUGGGGAGACCGGAACACCAAAUUCUUCCAUGCUUCCACUACGAUACAGCACAGAAGACAACGAAUUGAAGCGCUUCAAGAUGAUUAUGGGAACUGGAUCUCGGACAAGGAGAAGCUGA